GCAAAGACGAAUGAUACGGCAUCUAGUGAUAACUUUAUUUGCAUUAUCUUUAGUUACGUCCAGGACUCCAGGUUACGUCUGUAUUGCAUUUGUCUGCCUUUGCUGCACAACUUCUUCGCCUUUCAUAUCUAUAUUCUUUUUCAUUUUCAUGAACCCUAGAUGGGGCAACUAUUAAGAAAAGAUUAGAUUUGUCAGUCCUGCUAUCAGUUGUUGAAUUAUACCAUUGACACCAUGAAUAGGGAUACUAAAAUAAAAAAGAAAGAAUUUUUGAAUGGGCCUACACCACCAACAUCUUCUGAGAGUGAAGAGGAAGAGUACACUGUUGAGAAGGUUUUGGAUCGGAGAGAAAGAAAAGGUCAAGUGGAAUAUCUCCUGAAAUGGAAAGGCUAUGAUGACGAGGACAAUUCCUGGGAACCAGAAGAAAAUUUGGAUUGCCCUGCUUUGAUAUCUCUAUUCUUAAAUAAGAGAAAAGAGGAGGAUAAAGAAAGAAAGAAAGAGGUUGAAAGGAUUUUGUAUGGAUCCUAUUGUUCAUCUAAGGAUCGGAAACGUCCGGAAGUGGCCGAAUACCAUAAUAAUAAAGAACAAAGGAAGAAGGAAACCAAAAACAAAGACAAAUCUGUGGCGAAGGAUACUGUGUGUUCCCCCAACCAUCCCAUUUUGGAUAGAUCUUCAUCCAGGGACGAAACCCGGAAUUACGAUUUAGAACAGAAGAGGGAAAAGGUUGCAGCAACCACUACCAAGGAAAAUGACCACCCUAAAGGUUUUGAUCGAAAACUCGAGCCUGAAAAGAUUUUAGCGGCAACUGACACUACCGGUGAACUAUGGUUUCUCAUGAAAUGGAAAUCCCGCAACAUACCUGAACUGGUUCCAGCGCGGGAAGCUAACUUAAAGUGCCCGCACAUCGUAAUCAAGUUCUAUGAAGAUCGUCUGUCAUUUAAGGGUCCAGAAAUCGAACAAUCUGAUAAAUAAUCUUCAAUGUACAGAUUUGGUAUUGUAACUUGAAGCAGCAAUGCAUGAAAAAGUUUUCCCAAUUUGUUUUUUUUGACGUUAUUUCCCACCGUCGGUUCAUUCUAUCGUUCUUUGCUUGCUCACGUGUGCGGAUUAAUCCUUUCAAAAGGCUUAUCAUUAUGUAUCUCCCCGAUGAAUCUAGUUGGUUAUUAACUGAAUUUAUCCCUGUACAUUGACGGUAACACAGAAUUGACUAAUUAAACGUUUGCAUUCCAUCCA